UUGGGAGUUUUACCGCCAUGAUCGAUCAGAUCAGACCAGACCAGACCAAAAAUGAAGAUCUAAUUAUCGAUAAAGUGUAGGACCUACUUUGAUCUGCCCAUAAAUCUUAUCGACUCCAUGUCUACUUAAACAUAUGAGUUCUAAUUACUUCUUAGUUCUUAGUGGCUCUACAACCAUUUAUCUCUUUUAUUAUUCCAACCCUUUUCUCUGUCCCUAAGUGCAUUGAACUCUUGCCCACUGCAUCUUCUUCUUCUUCAGGUACCCAUCAUCAAACCCUCUUUUUGGGAUAAAAAGAUCUCUCUUUUUGUUCCUUUUUCCUUGUGUUUUUCUCUUCUAGUCAAUGUCCUUAUCACUAAUUUUGGGUUUCUUUUCUCUUUUGUAGCUUUCACUGAAUUGCCUCUUCUGGUAUUUUGUUAAUAUAUAUAUAUAUACACUUUCAUGGCUAUGUUUGUAAUUGGUACAAGGGUAUUACAAUCCGAGAACAAUGGCUUCCCUAUUCGAGAUGCUUCAUUUUCUUCCUACCUCAAUUCUACAGAACAUGUGAAGAAAGCCGAAGAUGGAGAAAUUGACGUCUUCGAAGCAGAGAAAUACUUUAAUGGAGUUAUUGAUGAACGAAGAUCAAAACUUUUCGUCAAUGAGCCAAAAGAUAUUGAAGAAAUCAAGCCUGAAUAUGUCCAAUUGAACCUACCCAGAGUUCGAUUCGAAACGCCAAGUAUUCGUUCCGAAUCGAGCUGGAAUAGCAGCGGCUUGCUGCUUCAAAGAAGCACGAGGCGUAACAAUUGUUACAUUAAUGACAUUCAUAAUCCUCUGCCUCGAACAAACAAGACCAACAAGAGCCAAAUCAAGAACUUCAUCUCCACCCUCGGAUGCAAUUGUUCGUGCAACGGAAAGAACUCAGUCGAUAUUAUCGAUGAGAGAACAACCGCUAUAAGAUCUGUUCAAUCGAGCCCAAUGAGUUCAUAUUUGGUUCAACCCAAAAAAUCCCCGACGAAUCCCUGGCUAACCGGAGAAGUAGAAGAUAAAAUUGAAAGGAAGUCGUUGGAAGUGUUUGGAUCCCCUGUUCAUAGAAUCCCAAUUAGAUCGAUCGUCGAUGAUGAAACGUGCAGCGACGCAAGCUCGGAUUUGUUCGAGAUCGAGAGCUUGGCCACCACAAAUACAAACACGAAUUCUAAUAAUUUCAACCGGCGAGGGUCGGACGGAACGAACACGCCAAGGGAUUACGCCCCAAGUGAGGUGAGUGUAGAUUGGAGCGUGGUCACCGCAAGCGCGGCUGAUAUUUCUGUUCUAUCGGAUUUCGAUGACAUGAGAACGAUGUCAUUCUGCUCCAACGUGAGGAAAUUGUCUGACGGCGAUAGAAAUGAUCGUGUGCCGGAGAGGCGGCGGUCAGGGAUUCUAUCUGGUUGCAGGAGCUACAAGUCGGUUAGAGUGGCUGGAGAUGGUUAUAAGGGUAGGAAGAAAAUGGGUUCUAAUUCUAAUGGAUGUAAAAAUAUAGAAAUGCAACAUGAGUUGGAAUCUAACGUGCCGAUGACAAGGUUUGGAAAGGUGGCAGGGUUUGAUCGGGAUCUUAGAAAUGAAAGGCUAGGAUUUGAUGAUCGGUUUGUCUCUCAGUCACACUCAGCUCAUUACUCACGCAUUUUGUACGCAUAAUGAUUUUAUUAAGCAUUGUAUGUGGAUGUGGUGAAGAUUUCUAGAUUGUUAAGUUAGUGUACAAUUGGGUUUGAGUGUGUGUUUCUGUUUGUUUUCAAUCAAACUUGUAUGCCAUGAUUGUUUCAUUUUUAGGGUUUCUAAUUAAAUGUAUAAUGAAUUUGCUUAUCAUGAACAUUUUAAUGAGACUGAACUAUUCUUCA